AUGACACACAGGACCGUCGAAGACAUGUCUGUAUUAAACAGUGAAUUAUCAACUGAUGAACAUAGUUUAAUCCAGGAUCCUGGUUCCGAAUAUCAAAACUCGGCCUACGGUUCUGGUUAUGAAUCGGUUGAGGACCCUGGUCCCGCUGGUCGCGGUUCGACCAAGUAUCGCACUUCUGGUCAACGCUCAAUGAAAAACCACGAUUCUGCUAUAGGUCAAGACUCAAUCAAAAACCACGAUUCUGCUGUAGGUCAAGACUCAAUCAAAAACCACGAUUCUGCUGUAGAUCAAGACUCGACCGAAUAUCAUGGUUCCGUUGAUCAAGACUUGGUCGAGGGCAACGACCAAAGUUUAGCAACUACAGCUUGUCUCGAAGGACUGGUCCGGACGGACGGUCACGGUCGACAGCUGGUCCUGUUGGACGGAAACACGGUUUACUGGCGUGGACAUCAGUCUAUGCCUUCCGGAAAAGGCCGCGUGAAAGUGAUGGCCGGUCACCGUGGUGGCCAUUACCCCACGUUUGCACGUUACGUGGGCGCUGGAAUGUUGGACGCCGCCGUUGCCGGCCUGGACCCUGGUCGACAUCCAAACGCCGGCCAAGUGCUGACGGCCAUCCGGGAGCUGGACGACCGUUGUGGGGUACUGGUGCUGGUGGCCAGCGAGACGGCGGCCAUCCUCAACUAUGGCAUCGCAGCCCAAAAGGCCCGUACUCAGGGCAUUAAUGUCAAACUAUUGGCUGUCGGUGAUGACCUUAUCAGAAGUCGGUCGACGGAUGGUGGCCGGAGACGUGGUUCCGCGGGCAUAGUGUUGAUAUGCAAAAUCGCUGGAGCCCUGGCGGCCGGCGGCCACACCCUGACAAAAAUUUUUGCCGUAUGUCAGCGCCUGUCUAUGGACCGUGUAGCCACCGUAAACGCUGUGAUUAGUUCAAGAAAGCGGACGUUAUUCGAAGACACUAGCACCGAAUAUAAUUACUUUAUUACAUAA